GCAACCGCCUUCUCCUUUCAAUCACAAAUCUCUCCCUCUCUCACGCACACACUUGUCUGAAUCGGAGAUUCGAAAAUGCGAGCUCUCAGCCGCAGCUUAGUGGCGCUUCUUCUCUGCGCCACCUUCCGCGCCGCCUUAUGCUUCAUCGACGGACUCUUGCCGAACGGCAACUUCGAGCACAGCCCAAAGCCCUCGGACAUGAAGGGAACAGUGGUCAUCAACUACAAAGCCAUCCCGUCUUGGGAGAUCUCCGGCUUCGUGGAGUACAUCAAGGCCGGGCAGAAGCAAGGCGACAUGCUGCUGGUGGUGCCGGAGGGGGCCUUUGCCGUGCGGCUGGGCAACGAGGCCUCCAUCAAGCAGCGGGUCAAGGUCACCCCGGGAAUGCACUACUCGCUCACCUUCUCCGCCGCCCGCACCUGCGCCCAGGAGGAGCGCCUCAACGUCUCCGUCGCCCCCGACUCCGGCGUGCUCCCGGUGCAGACGCUCUACAGCAGCAACGGCUGGGACUCCUACGCCUGGGCCUUCAGAGCCGUGUUUGACGUGGCGGAGAUCGUGAUUCACAAUCCCGGGGUCGAGGAGGACCCCGCCUGUGGCCCUCUCAUCGACUCCGUCGCCAUUAAAGCUCUCUAUCCUCCCAGACCUACCAGCAAGAACGUCCUUAAGAACGGCGACUUCGAAGAGGGGCCAUACAUAUUCCCCAACACCUCAUGGGGCGUCCUGGUUCCACCCAACAUAGAGGACGACAAUUCCCCCCUCCCCGCCUGGAUGGUCGAGUCCCUGAAAGCCGUCAAGUACAUCGACGCCGCCCACUUCUCCGUCCCCCAGGGCCGGCGCGCCGUCGAGCUGGUCGCCGGAAAAGAGAGCGCCAUCGCCCAGGUCGCCCGCACCAUCCCCGGCAAGACCUACGACCUCUUCUUCGCCGUGGGCGACGCCAACAACGCCUGCGCCGGCUCCAUGGUAGUCGAGGCCUUCGCCGGGAAAGCCACCCUCAAAGUGCCCUACGAGUCCAAGGGGAAAGGCGGGUACAAGCGGGCUGUCCUCCGAUUCGUGGCUGUUUCCCCCAGAACCCGAAUUAUGUUCUAUAGCACGUUCUAUACCAUGAGAAGCGAUGAUUUCUCCUCCCUUUGUGGGCCUGUUCUUGAUGAUGUGAAGCUGCUCAGUGUCCGGAAACCCCUCAAGAAGAUGUGAAAGCCAGCCUAACCAGUGUUAUAUAUUGAUCCACCACUACCAGCUCCAAGUUUGAAGUUUUUUAGUCCUUUGAUGGUUAAUCAUAUAGUAAGAACUGAAAUAUAGUUUUGUUGUAUGUGUUAUCUUCUGCAUCUUUUAAUCAUAAAGAUAGGUUUUAUACUAAGCCAUCCCUGGGAUGGUAUCA